UCCUGUCACUGAGCUCUGGGCCACGCAGCAGAAUGGCUGCGUUCCUGCGAGCUCGUAAAUAUGUUCGUUGUGUUAUCCGUUUCUCCGACCGUGACCUGUAAACGCUACUGUUGAAAACGUGUGACGGGAAACGAGGAUAACUACUAUAUAAGCCGCCAUGGCUGAAGAAAAUACUGAUAUAAGCAGCAUGAUCGAGGACGAGGAUUCAGAUGAUCCAAAUAUUCAGACGGAGCUGACUGCUUUCAGAGCUCAAUGGAUGUCUGAACUCAAAACGAGCUCUGGAGCAGGUGGAUGGAGUGGCCGACAGCUGCGAGCGCAAGGUCUGAAGAGGACACAAGAUAUCGCCCGUGAGGAGAAAGCCACAGAGCUGUUCCUGAGAGCUGUUCAGGAAGAGCAGAAAGGAGCCGUCUAUGUGGCUAUCAAGUUCUACCGCAUGGCUAUGCAGCUGGUGCCUGACAUUGAGUUCAGAAUCAACUACAGCCGCCCCCCCGAUGCAGACCAGGCUGGAGGGAAAUACAGGGAGGACAGUGUUGAUGGUGAGAUCGAGGAUCUACUCUCAUAUUUUGAGCAGGAUCUUAAUCUGGACUGUUCCCUUCCAAAGAUCUGCACUCCUCAGCUGGAUUUCACCCAGAUGCACAUCUCAGAAUUGCCCCGGGAAAUCCUAAUGUACAUUUUCCGUUGGGUUGUGUCGAGCGAACUGGACAUGCGAGCCCUGCAGCAGCUCUCCUUGGUUUGCCGGGGGUUUUACAUUUGUGCAAGGGACCCUGAGAUUUGGCACUCCGCGUGUUCAAGAGUGUGGGGAAGGAACUGCACUAAAAUUGCACCUUUCAAAUCCUGGAGGGAGAUGUUUCUGCAAAGGCCUCGUGUGCGUUUCGAUGGUGUUUACAUCAGCAAGACAUCAUACAUACGUCAAGGAGAGGCAUCACUGGAUGGAUUUUACAGGGCUUGGCAUCACAUUGAGUACUACAGGUACCUGCGCUUCUUCUCUGAUGGCCACGUAGUCAUGGUGACCUCCCCUGACGACCCUCUGAGCGUUGUUCCUCGUCUGCGCACUAAGAACGUCAGAAUGGAGUCUGUUCUGCACGGUCAUUACCGUCUGUCACAGGAGACGGACAAUCAAACCAAAGUCUUUGCUGUUGUCUGCAAGAAGAAGGAGGAGAAAGCAACCGAGUUUCAGAAGAAUCGGUUCUGCAGGCGGAACCAGUCUCCGGAGGUUGAACACAACUUCCACGUUGGACUGCAUCUCUCCUCUGGGGGGCGUCAGAGUCUCAGUAAGCUGUCGUGGAUCCAUCACUCCUGCCACAUCACUUACAAGCUGAGUGGGGAAACGAUUAUCACUGCGUUCGACCUGGACAGCAUGUACCAGCCCUUCAUCUUUGCACGUGUGAAGAGCUACACUGCAUUCUCCAUUCAGCCUCUUUAAGCAGCCUGGAGACCUGCAUACAAUCCCAGCAAGACAACAGCAAAAGUUCCUCUACCAUUAUCACAGAAUGCAUUCUCCUCAGCUUGGUUAAUUUGUGCUGCAGCUUGAAUAUGAUGUUAUAUAAUCGAACAUUCAUGUUACUUAUGAGAUCACUUUUUGUUGAUGGUUUACAAAAUAGAAUACUACUUAUUUUCUGAUUUCAGAAACUAUAAUAAUGUGCUGAGAGCUAAAAUAAUUAGCAACCUUUCCCACCUGUUCCAAGCAUUGAAUGUUUACACUGUGUUUCAUGGUUCAUCUUCUCCCUCAAAUAAAAAGUGGUGAAAAUGUAAAGAA